UUUGUGAUGUUCAUUUAACAAACAGCAGUUUUUGAUAUUGCUGUUAAAAAAAAAAGGUGAUUAUAAUGGUUCGAGUAUUAUCAAUACCUUUGUUUAAAAAACAGAAUGUUAAUUCAAUCGAACGUUCUGUGUCAACAUGUUGUGUAGCAUUACCUAAUAAAUUAUUGGUGGCCUCAUCUUCAACGCAUUGCAUCGAAGUCAACAACGUUAAUAUUGAAGAUAUCUGUGAUUUUGAUGAAGACAACCCAACUUUUAUACAAUGUCCAACGUUUUCAUUCCCAACUGUCGAUUCUGUUAAACAAAUUAUACAUUGUAUUAAUGGAAAUUACAUUGCAACUAUUGAAGCCAAAUCAAAUACUCGCCAAAAUCGCACAACUAGCUAUGUAAGAGUAUACGCCAAUUGGGAUUCAGUUGCUACUCUUCAGCAAUCGAAAAUGAAUCGUAGCGGUGUUAGUUUAGGUCAAUCAGAAUGUGGUAUGGUUCAACCAAUGAGAGCAAGAAUUGCAGGACGAGUAACACCAUCUGUUACCCAAUCGGGAGAUGUUAGCAGUUUAGAAAUGAUUGAAAUACCCGUAAAAAUGUCUCCUAAUUUAAUAGCCUGUUGUCAAGUUUCUGGAAAUUUAUUAAUUGCUUCCGAACGACGUUUAACAAUAUAUAAAUGUGUGAUAAAAGUUCAUGAAACAUCAAAGCAAAUAUUUUUAGACUUUGAUGCAAUACCACAAUAUUUUGAAUUAAAUUUUAUACCCACGAAAAUUUCACUAACCGAAAACUAUAUAUCAGUGUUCAAUCCAAGUACAUUCUUUGUAUUUAAAGUUUUUCAAUCCAAAGUAAUGUCUAAAAAACAAAGCAACAAAAUCAAUCAUAAACAAAAUAUUUCAUUAAACAACGAUUCAUGCAUUGACUAUACUAAAUUAUGUGAUAAUGAUUCAUUUGUUAUAAAAUUACCCAUGAUCACCAGAGAGAAUGUUCUUAUGUAUAAAAAUUUACCAUUUAUGAAUUCAGCAAAUAUUUCAGUUACAAUCAAAUCUAGUUCACCGAUUGAAACAACAACACAAACUUAUGAAAUAAUGAAUAUAUUACAAUUAAAAAUUAGGUCUGAUAUAAAUGUCGAAGGUGUUAUACAUCAAGUGUCUGAAGAAUUCCAUUGUUAUGCAGUCAAACCUAUUUAUAUUGGUGAAAAUAAUCUUUUGUCUACACAUAACAGAAAUAAAGGAGAUGCAGAUAAGAAGACUCAACCAGAAAAGCCUACGUUCUUAGAAAGUAAAUACUGUAAAAAUUUAAAAACUUUGGUGUUUUUGGUUGCAACUUCACAAGAAGGAUAUCUAUUUCACAUCGAUACUUCUGAAAAUAACGGAACGAAGAAAAAUAAUUUUGAUUUUGAAAAUAACAGUUUGGUUGGAGUAUAUUCAUUUACAACACCCGUUUUGGACAUUGCAUUACAAGACACUAUUUUACAUGCGUUAACAUAUUCUGGUCUAGAAUCUUAUACGUUAAAACCGCCGGAUAGGGUACAUUCUCAAAGUGAUCCAAUAUACUUAAUAGAUUUAAAAUCGUUUUUGGGUGUUAAGCAAAUACUCAAGACCGAACAAAAUUUGAUUUUAUUGGCUAAUUAUGAUGGCUCUCCUGUGCGCUCAAGCAAUAGUUCUGGGAGUUCUAGCUCAUCGAAUUGGACUUUAUACAAUUUAGAAAUGCCAUCAGUUAUCGAUUUAAAUAAAGACAUCUUAAAAAUAGCAGAAUUUCAUCGAAAAGAUAGUAUUCAAACGUAUUUACAUUUAUUAAAUAAGUCAUACAUUUUGCUGCAUUUGAGUUUAAUUGCAAUUAAAUUUGAAAUAAAAUGGGAAAAUGGUAUUGGUAUAUCUGCCCCUAUCAAUGAGUCCUACACUGAUAUUCUAAAUGAGUUUAAAACAACAUGUAUGCUUCUAGGUGACUUCUAUUUAAUGAGUCAAAAUCAUGAAGAAAAUAAAUUACCAGUGUUCUAUUACACAUUAGCUAAUUUAAAACCAACUGAUAUAUUAAAAAGAUUUAUGGAUUUAGAACGCACAUCAAACGAUUCAAAAGAAUUACAAGGUCUGCUAUAUUAUUUGAAGAGUGUACUUAUGGACGUAAAAUUUGGACAAGAAGCAGAUGACAUGUUUACACCAAUACCAGAUUCUAGUCAAUAUGUUCAAGGCAUUAUCAAUUACUACAAAGUCAAUUCCAAUUCAAAUUCAGCAGUUGACUCUGAUUCCAUAGAUAAUACAAGUAUUCCACAAUUUUCAUCGGAUAACAGUCCGUUUUGUUCAUCGAAAAACUUAUUAUCUGACCAAGAAAUAAAUGGUCCACCUUCGUUAUUUUUACCAGAAAGUUUACAAUCCGAUGUAACUGAUGCGGAUAAUGUUAACAAUGAUUUUAAACAAGGAAGUCAGUCAUCUUCCGUCGAUUUAUAUAAUACAUCAUUAUCUGAGUCAAAUUUUGGACAAACUUUCGCGGAUUUAAUUUUAGAUGUAUUUAAUGUGUUUCAUCCGUCGGAUAUCGCAAAUUUUGUUAUUAAAAAUAUCGUUAUUAGAGAAUAUGCAACUAAUAAAAUAAUUAAUAUUUUAACCCAAAAAAAUCACAGAAAUGAUGCAGAUAAUUUUGCAUUAACAUUAUUAUAUUUGCAAAAGAAUGAAAUUGAAAAUGCAAGUGACGUUUUAGAACAAUGUUCGGACGAUACUCUAAUGUACAUUUUAUUGAAAAAUUCGAAUUUAUUGUUUGAUUCAACGUUGGCUGGAAAAACACGCAAAAAUAUUGGGUUCUCUGAACUUACAACUUUACUUAUAUCAAAAAAAUCGGAAUUCUUGUCUGAAUUAUUUUACAAAAUACUUACAUCUACUAAUAAAUCAAUUACACUUCGUGAAAUUAUUAGGAUAUUUGUUGAAUAUUUACCAAGUCAUGUUGGCGAAUCAUCAUCAAAUGCAAUCAACGUAUUUCAUCUGACAUUAGAAAAGUACUUAGCAUACUACUUUAAUCAAUAUACAGAAUUCAGUUGGUCAAUUAUAAACGAUGUUAUCAAAGAAAGCUUAAAAUUAUUAUGCCGAUGUUAUAUAUCCAAAUUGUUAACAGCCACUAAUUUAUGUCAAGCAGUUCAAGGAAAAACCAUGCAAGUAAAUGCGUUGUUAAAUGACUCAACGAUACAAAUGGAAAAUAUGCAUGCGUAUGAGACACAUCUUAAUGAAGAUUUUCUUUUUAAAAUGUUCCGUUUUAAAUAUUUGGAUAAGAUACCAGUCUUUGAUAUAUUUUGCCCAGCUGAAAAUGUUGUUGAAUUAUCUAAGAAGCAAUUUAUUUAUAAAAUUUUGAUAAAAUUAGAGGCAAUAUUAUGUAGUAAUGUUUUACCAACGUCUAUUAUUAAUGAGAUUGAUUUAUUUUUACAAAAUCAUCCACACUUUGUUGGGAAAAUUCGUUUACAAUCAAUUAUUUUACCAUUAACGGAUGCAACAAAGAUAUUAAUUGAUCGAUAUCCGAUUUGUUUGAAAUUAUUUGGACAGGACAAAUAUUUCGAAGAAUCUCAUUGGCAACAAUUAAUUGCAGCAGUAGAAAAAGAAAUAUUAAUGUUAAAAACAAAAGGUGCAAGAGGACAUCAAAAACUUAAACUACUUCAAAUGACUCGAAGGGGGACAGGAGAUAUACUUCUUUAUCUUGCAACAAAUUAUACAUUCGAUCGUUUCCUGAAAGUUUUACCGUUAGAAAAUUCAAUGAAAGAAGAUUAUCUCAACGAAAUUGAAGAUAAACACGAUAAGAAGAGUGAUUCAGUAAAAAGUUACCAAGAUUUAGAUGAUUUAGAUGAUAAUUUAAGUGAUUUAGAUUCACAAAGCGAUGAAGAAAUAAGUAAAGAUGAUUGCCAUUUUAUUAACAAAGAUAAACGAAUAUUAAAGAAGAAAUAUUCACGUUAUAUUGAACUUUGCAAGAAUUCUGGACACGCAAACCAAAUUCAACAGUUUAUUAUUGCAACGGGACAACAAUUAUUAACAACUUUAAAUUUAUGAAUUACCAAUUUUCUGGUUUCUGAUACAUUAAUAUUCUGAUAGUUUAGCACAAACAAUUCAGUUUU